AUGGUGAACUCCACUGAGAUGAAUGCAUUGCAAGUUCAAUAUGCUGAUAAGGGAACUGUAGAAGGUUUUGCUCAAGAUGUUGCAGGACCAAGUGUAGCUGCUAGACACAACUAUGAGACAAGAAAAAAAUUACAUUUUGGGGAACAAGGUGAAACAGAGGAGGGUGAGACACUAUCAUCACCUACCGAUGAUAGUGAUUUAGAGUGGAAAACAGGAAGGCAUUACAGUGAAGAAGAUGAUGAUACAGAUGAAGAUGAGGGUGAUUAUGUAGAUAGUGAUGUUGACCUUGACAUUGGAGAAUAUUAUAAUAGUGAUGAAGCAGGUCAUAGAAACCCACACACUUCAAGAAGAGAUAAUUUUCUUGACCCUAAUAGCAACAUUCCAAAUCCAGAAACUGAUGAGGUGUAUAUCAAUGGAAAAAUUGUUUUGAGACAGUUUCUAAGAUUUAGUGACCAUAGACAAUUUGCACAGGUAAUGAGAGACUAUGCAGUGCAAGAAGGUUUUGAAUUGCAAAAAGUAAAACAAGAAAGAAUUCGUGUCACAUUUGUUUGUAGGGCAGAUGCUUGUCCAUGGCGCAUACAUGCGUCGUUGUCUCCUAACGAAAGGUUGUUCAUCAUCAAAACCUUUAACAACACCCACACAUGUCAAUGUGUAAGGACAAAUAGGGCAGCCAAUAGUGGUUGGAUAGCAAAGAAGAUGGUUGGCCCAAUCAGUAGACAUCCAAAUAUGAGUCUCAAAGGUAUGCGAGAAGAGUUGAAGGAUACUUGGGGAAUUGAGGUGAAUAAUAAAAGGCUCUGGAGAGCUAGAGCAAUUGCUAGGGGGGAAGUUGAAGGUAAUCAUGUUCAGUCCUAUGGAAAACUUAGGAGAUAUGCAUUUAUGGUGAUGCAAACUAAUCCAGGUAGUGCUGCAAUUAUUCAAAGUCAGCUUGUGGACAUAAAUAAACCAUCUGAGGAGGUAGAAGAGGAAGUUCCACCUAAAUCUCGAGUGCCAAUUUGGAGACCUCAGUUUCAAAGAAUAUUUAUAUGUUAUAAUGGGGUAAAACAAGGAUUUUUGGUUGGAUGUCGACCUUUUUUUGGAUUGGAUGGUUGUCAUUUGAAAGGCCCUUAUAAGGGGAUCUUACUUUCUGCCAUAGGAUUAGAUGCAAACCUUCAUUUUUAUCCAAUUGCAUAUGCCAUUGUUGAGGCUGAAAAUACAGAUUCAUGGAAGUGGUUCAUUCAUCUACUUUGA